UGGACUACUUUGAAGUCUGAUGAGUUCAAUUCAUGUGCUCCUGCAACUCAUUCUCCUGUUGGUCCCACUGAUGAAUCUGCAUCACCUAGUUUUGCACAAAAAAAUUAUGAGAAAGCUAGUGUCCUCUUGCCUUCAGUUGAUGGAGAAAAUUCAGCAGAACUUCAAGGAGCAUUGGAUGAACUGGAUCCAACUGAAUAUUUAAUAAUGAAAAAAAGUGGUGAAGAAGGACCUGAUUUACGAGGUGGAUCGGUUGAUUCUCUCAUUGUCCAUGCAACCAGAGCAGCCAAAAAUGACUUUCUAUAUCAGGAAGCUUUUUUGACGACUUACCGCACUUUUAUUUCACCUCAUGACUUGAUAUGCAAAUUAUUGUACAGGUAUAAUAAAUUUAUUCAUGUGGGAGACAUGAGGCAAAGGGCAGCUAGAAACUCAUUUGCUUUACUUGUUCGAGUAGUUGAUGACUUGUGUUUGACAGAUGUUCAUGAAAACGUAUUGAAGAUCUUAAUGGAUUUUAUAUGCCAGCUCGUAAGUCGUGGUGACUUACUUUUAGCAAGAGCAUUAAGGAAAAAAGUUGUAGAGAAAUGUUAUCUUAAGCAAAGAAGUGUUCUAAAUAUGCCUGUGCUUUUGCCUUCAAUGGCUGUCACAACUCACAAAGCAUCCUUAUUAGAUUUCAAAUCUGAGAAUAUAGCAGAACAAAUGACUGUAUUAGAUGCUGAUCUUUUUCAAAAAAUUGAAAUUCCUGAAGUACUUCUGUGGGCUAAGGAACAAAAAGAAGAUCUUAGUCCAAAUCUUACUACAUUCACAGAGCAUUUCAAUAAAAUGUCAUAUUGGGCUCGAUCUCGAAUUUUAGAUCAAGAAGAAGCAAAGGAUAGGGAGAGAUAUGUUGUGAAGUUCAUUAAAGUUAUGAAAUAUCUACGAAAGCUUAAUAACUUUAAUUCAUACUUAGCUAUACUGUCUGCUUUAGAUUCCGCACCUAUACGUCGUUUAGAAUGGCAGCGAAAUAUAACAGAGGGUUUAAAGGAGUAUUGUGCUUUGAUUGAUAGCUCUUCUUCAUUUCGUGCAUACAGACAGGCACUUGCUGAAACAUCACCUCCCUGUAUUCCUUACAUUGGUCUAAUUCUGCAAGAUUUAACCUUUGUUCAUAUUGGGAACAGUGAUAUGUUAACUGAAGAUGCUAUAAAUUUUUCAAAAAGAUGGCAGCAGUUCAAUAUUUUAGAUAACAUGAGGAGGUUUAAGAAUUGCCAGUAUCCAGUCAAAAGAAAUGAACAAAUCAUAUCUUUUUUUAAUAACUUUGAUGAUUACUUGUGUGAAGAAGCAAUGUGGCAGAUUUCAGAGACUAUUAAACCCAGAGGAGGGAAGAAAAAGAAUUGUGAUCAAACAUGAAUAUUUGACAGCUUUUUAGUCAAUUUUAAGUGCCUGCAUAGCUAAUUAAAAUCACUUGUAGGCAUGUCAUAUCAUAAUCAUUAUCAGUUAUAACUUAUUUUGUUAUAUUUUAGUUUACAUUUUGUAAAUGAAUUCAUUGUAAUAUUUCCACACCAUUUAUAUUUAUCAGAGUUUUACACAUUAUUUCUACUGGGUUGUUCUGUAAAAAAUUUUUUGUCUUAGUCUCUUUAUCAGCUGUAUAUGUCAUGUAAGUAGACAAUACUUUGCUCAUUAUUCACAACUCUAUGAGUUGGUAGCUUCUAUUUGCCAUGUAUGUUUUUGCAUUAUAAUAUAUGCAUGAGAUUUGUUAGCUAUGUACCUAAAAACUUUCAGUGUUGUGUGAUCGAUUAUUGAUGCAUUAAAUAUAUUUUUAAAACUGCAUCAUGUUAUUUUCAAUUUGCUUUAUAAUUUAUAUGAUGAUAGCCGGUAAUUUGUGACUGUUUAUACCGGUGAUUUUUCAUAUCGGGUGUUCAGUAAUUUAGUCCACUUUAGAUGGCAAUAAUUCAAGAAUGGCUCAAUAGAUGACAUAUUAUUAUAAAUUUCUAGUUAAAAAAAUAAUUUUUAAUAAUUAAAAAUUUUUUCCUCCGCUUAUGUUGAAAGGUAAAUUUUUGUGACUUAGUCGAUGUUUUUACUUAAAAUAUAUCAUUGCUGGUAAAACUGAAUUGAAAACGCAGCAUAAAUGGGUAACAAAGCAGAAGAACCAUCGUAUUCCAUGUUAGAUGGUUUUAUUCAAAAACAUUGGUUUUGUUCAUGAACAAUUUUGCUAGAAAUGUGCAUUUCGGAGGGAGUCGCAUUUUUAAAAGCGAGGCAGCUCACAUUCUUUAGCAAUAAAAGAAAAAAAAUCAUAUCUAGUUUUUAUAUUUUUUUUUAAGUUGAGAUCGUCUGUGCUCUGGCAAUAUUGUUCCUGCAUUAUAGAUCAUUCUCGUGUUCAAUUUUUGAAUGAUGUAAAAUCUUUCCUGCAAUAUAAUUUGUUUAAUAUUAUUUUUAAAAAAAUGUGCAUUAAAACUUCUUAAGGCAGUAGUGUGUAAAUGAAAUUACCUUUUCUAUGAUUAUUUUGUUACUUCAGUCUAAGUUUUCUUAGGCAAAUAUCCAGCCAUCAUUUAGAUUUUCUACUGAGUUGCUGCAUUUUAAUGCAUGGUAAUGCAUUUAAUGCAGAUGUUGACAAAAUUUUACUGGGCUUCGAUAUCACAUUCUCAUUUCCUGGACCUUUUUAUAUCUCUAAAUAUGAACAAGUUUUGUUUAGAAAGUUCUCUGAAAUAUCUGUCCCUUUAGGCAAAAGGCUUCAAAAGCUUCCCCACAAAAUAACACUGAAUAACAAAAUUUAAUGUUUGCUUUGUUACCUAAACAUCAAAUACUGAAUUAAAAAAAAUAGUGAUUUCAGAUUUGCUUUCCCUGUUGACUGUUAUUUUUGCAUAGUUGAUUUUUUAAUUUUUUACAGAAGUGCCAUAAUUUUGCAUGAAAAGCCAUUGCAGUUAGGGAUAAUUACUGUAAGACUGCUUUUAUUCUGAGCAGUUGGCUGGUAUUUUAGUUUCCAUUUAUCUUUAUAAUAUAUACUUCCUAUGUACAUAAAUUCCAUUGGAAAGAUUUUACAUGUUAUACUUAUGUCUGCUAGAUUCUCAGGGAAACAUCAAGGAAGGAUUACAAACAUUUAGUCUGAUGUGGCAUUUUGCACCUUAAUGUUUUAGAAGUUUUCAUAAGCUCACUAAUUAGUUCUGCAUGUGUUUCUUUUUCUUCUAGUUAUCUUCAGAGAUCUUUCAAUGUAUACAAACAAAUUCAGUCACUUUAAAAUUUAGGAUCAGUCAUUAGUUCUGAGAGUCAAAAAAUGUUUCUUAAUUUUACUUCCUACAAGCAUAGUGAUGAAACUUGGUUACUUCACCAGUAGUGAAAAAUUGUGUUUUUAGAAAAUGACUAUUCCCAUCUUGUGUACCUAUAGCCUUCACACAGAGGUCUUCUUGAGAACUAGUUUUAUGAAAAGAGGUGGCAAAUCUGUGUGGGCACUAUAAAGAUUUUUCGUGAGCCAGAUUUUUUUUAAAAAAUAUAAAACUUCUGUUUAUCCCUAGUAUGCAGUAUUUUAUGUAUCCAAGUUGUAGCCAAAUAUACGCUUAUUUUUCAAUCUAUUGCAAACAUACUAUGGGUAUAUUUUUUAGUAAUUUCGCUGAUCACAAGUUCUGCAUUUCCAUAUGAUUCACUACAGUACACAGUCAUUUUUUGUGGAAAGUAUUUUAAAAUUAAUUCAUUUUGCCUGUGAUGAGAGCUACAUAUUUUUGUUCCUGUCUUUGGAAUUUUUUUGCUUUGAUGAUACUAUCUCAGGCAGUUGUUUCAAUAAUUUAAGGUUGUGAACAAAGUAAUUUAAGUCUGUACAUCAAACACUGUAUGCUCAGUGUUAAUAUAUUUUUAGGGUUGAGAAUGAGACAUGAAUUACCUCUGACAGUAUAAUGAAUGGAAAGUCUAGUCAGUGGAAGUGUUCUAUUUAGAAAAAGUGGAACCCAUUGGAGGAAUUCUGACUUCAUAAACAAAAUACAUAAGAAUCACUCCUUUUAGAUUUCUGUAACAAAAUCUGUUGAUGAAUGUAUGGGACUGUUCAUUAAAUUGCUGUACAUAAGUAUUAAUCUAUUUUCUGACUUCUAUAUGUUAAAUAUUAGUCUUUAAGUAAGCUUCUUGUGAAAGAAUGCAGGUGAAAAGAGAUUAAUUUCCUUCCCUCCAAAAUGCCAUUACUUUUGACUUUAUAUUUUAUAUUAUGUAUAGUUUAUUUAAUCAAACUAAAAUUCUGUAAAGUUGCAUUAUUAAAUUGUUUUAUUUGGUUAUUUGUGUUAAUCAUCUCUGAGCAGAUUAAUUAUUAUUCUGAAUGAUAACUAUUAUGGAAUAAGUCUUGAAGAUAACUAUAAGAAGUGUAAUCUCUCUACUUUGUAUUUCUGUUUCUUCUUCUUGUUUCCAUAGGUGACCCUUAGUCCCAAUAAGUUUAUAAUAACAUUCUCUUUCUCUCACAGUUUCGUUCUAAUAGUAGAGUGGAUUUCAUAUAAAAAUAAUUUAUUUCUGCAAUGUGAAAAAUUAUUGUAAAAUAAAUGUGGAGAAUAUAUCCAUUUAAUGAUGCUGAGAUAAUUCAUGUUUUAAAUGCUUUAUAUAAAUAUCAUAAACUUGUAAAUAAAUUUGUAGAAAAAUGCUCAAUAAACUAGAUCAAAAUGAAUGAAAAUUUAGUGUUGAAAUUUUUGUAUAUCUUUAUUUUUUGCAUUGCGUAUUAAAAAAAAUAUUGUUAUGGGCAAUGCCUUAAAAGAACAUUACAGGUGU